CCGAAAUUGCUUUGAUAUGACUGUGUUUAUCGUGAUAAUAAUUAGUUUACGUGAGUCAGAGGUGUGAAGGUGGAUAUGUGAGCUCAGUGAUUUUUCUAAAAAAGAAAAACUUUCACUGAUGAUGGCAUCUGCUGUGCCGAAACGUAAAAGUCUUAUGACUCCUUUGGUCACUACUGCUGGUGUUCUAGGAAUUAUUCAAGGACUUGGUUGGACUCUAUGUAGUAUUGUUGGUAUACUAUUUUACACAGAAAUAAUUCCAACUGCUUCAACAAAUGGCAUAGGAUAUUCAAUAUAUUCAUUCUAUUUAAGUAAAGAGAUCCUAGACAAAUAUUCUGAAAGUAUUAUAGGAUCAAGCCAAUUCAGCUACUUUCUAUACAUUCACCUUGCUUUAAGUCUUUGCUGGCUAUUAAUAUCGUCUGUACUUUUGUGGGCCUCAAUCACAGGGAAAGGACACAAUUUUUACGGAAAAGCUAUUGGAGGCUGGACUUUGAUUACUGGAUUAGUGUCAUUGCUUGAUUUAAUUCUUGUUGGCUUGAUAUCCUAUGAUUAUGAUCAGUAUAAGAAUAAAGGAAAUGCUGACACGACAGAAAUUACAGCUAUUGGUAUAGUAAUAACUCUGGCAGCUCGAGGAUUCGUAUUAUGGAUUGUAAACGUCGUAUUUGCCAUAAUUUUAGGCAAAUACUGUCAUAAGUUGUACAAAAAGGAUGUUGGUAACCGAAACAGACCUCCAAUUGAUGCCUAUGCGACAGCGCCAGUUCCAUGGCUUGAUCCUUCUUUGUACAAUGAUAGUGGUAGUAAUGAUCUUCGACCAUAUCCUGAAGCAGACCCAAUAAGACCCUACAGCUAUACCCCGCCAGCAAGAACAGCCAAAAUAGGCAAACAAGCAGGACAAAGAAGCCCACCAUUGAACGUGGCACCGCCUUUCAUUCCGGAUCCCGAUUACUCGCCCCCUGGAUCACCUAAAGUUAAGGGUGUACUCAGACCGAAAAGCAACUAUGCUGAUUACAACAUGUACUAGUUGAUUUUUGUAAAUAUUGAAAAUGCUCUGUAUAAAACAACGUAACAAAAUUUUUAUUUAAAAAUUUCUAUAAAUACAUUACAUUACAUUAUACAUUCAUUAUCGUUGUACAAUAUCAAUUAUAACAUUUAGAUUGUGGAAACUAUAAUUAAAAGUAUAGGGUAAGUAAAAGGUAGGUAAGCCACUGGAUUUAAUUUUGUUAUUAUUUGA